AUGUCCCUGCCCGUGCCCAUCACAGAAGCACUGGCAGUGGGUUACGGCCAUCCUGCACCCGGUGACCUUUUUCCUGUCACCACAGAGGCCCCCUGGUGUGCUGCUCCAUCGCUGUCUCCUCUCAUCAGGCGGUGGGUUAGGGCCGUCCUGCACCCGGUGACCUUUUCCGUCACCACAGAAGCCCCUGGUUUAUCUCAGGGGCCGUCGGCCGUGCAGAGAAAGAUCCUGAGGCGGAAUCAAGCUGAUGACAAAGAGCCCGACUCUAAGGAGAGGUACCAGCCAGAGUGCGGGGUGGGGCGAGCAGCCAGGCAGGUCACCUUCACCACGAGAGAUGUCGUAUUGGAAAAGCUCCAUGAGUGUAACGCUGACAUCACCAAUGAGAACGGACGCUGGUCCUACAGAACCAAUGCCCUGACCCUGAACAGCCGCAGGAAACGCCAGUGCUUCUACCAGUCGAGUGCCAGCUUCCACCUAGAGAAGGGCUGGUGGACGGCUGGUGCUGGCCAGGCCCUGCCCGCAGCCUCUGCCAGCAUCGCUGGUGGGGACCCACAGCUCUGCAGACCAGAGGCUUAUGACACGGUGCUCAGAGAAACAGCGUAUAAGUAG